AGGCGUGACGGGGCAGGCGGCGGGAGGGGAAGAUGGCGGCGGCCUGUCGCGGGGGGUCCCGGCGGCGGCGGGGGUGCUGAGGCCGCCUCUCUCCCUCCCUCCCUUCUCCGCCAUGUUCGUGCAGGAGGAGAAGAUCUUCGCGGCCUCGCAGGUGCUGCGGCUCCGCAUCUGCGCCCUGGACGGGGCCGAGUGGCUGGAGGAGGUGGCCGACGACACGCCCGUCGAGCGCCUCAAGGAGCGCUGCUGCCUCAAGCACUGUGUGCCUGGGAGUUUGGAGGAUCCCAAAAGUGUAACACAUCAUAAACUGAUCCAUGCUGCUUCAGAGAAGGUGCUGAGUGACGCAAAAACCAUCUUGGAGGAAAACAUUAAAGACAGAGAUGUUUUGGUGCUGAUGAAGAAGCGAGCUCCUCCUGCCCCUCCCAAAAUGGCUGAUGUCUCUGAAGAGGAAAAGCAGAAGCUGGAACAGAAAGCUCCAGAUAAGGAGGCGAUUCUGAAAGCGACCACCAGUCUCCCAUCCCACAGCAUAGACCGCAGUGUGGCUCACCACAGCAUGAGGGAUUUCCAGACAGAGCUUCGGAAGAUCUUGGUCUCUCUUAUAGAAGUUGCCCAGAAAUUGCUAGCAUUGAACCCUGAUGCAGUGGAAUUGUUUAAGAAGGCAAAUGCCAUGCUAGAUGAAGAUGAGGAUGACAGAGUGGAUGAGAUUGCCUUGCGCCAGCUGACAGAAAUGGGGUUUCCAGAGGGCAGAGCUGUCAAAGCCCUUCGUUUAAGCCACAUGUCCGUGACUCAGGCCAUGGAAUGGCUGAUUGAACAUGCAGAUGACCCCACAGUUGAUGCCCCUCUGCCAGGGCAGUUCUUGGUGGACAAUGCAGCAGGAACGGAUGCAUCCACCACUGAGGCAGCUGCUGGGGCUAGCCUGGAUGGGAACAGAGAAGAGUCGAAGGAUGAGCUGACAGAAAUAUUCAAGAAGAUACGCAGGAAAAGAGAGUUUCGUCCUGAUCCACGGGCCAUCAUUGCCUUGAUGGAGAUGGGCUUUGAUGAAAAAGAGGUGGUGGAUGCACUCAGAGUGAACAACAACCAGCAAAAUGCAGCAUGUGAGUGGCUGCUGGGAGACCGGAAACCCACUCCUGAGGAUUUAGACAAGGGGAUUGACCCUUCCAGUCCCCUCUUUCAAGCCAUCCUAGAAAACCCAGUUGUACAGUUGGGGCUAACAAAUCCCAAAACACUACUUGCCUUUGAAGAUAUGCUUGAAAACCCAUUAAACAGUACUCAGUGGAUGAAUGAUCCAGAAACAGGACCUGUCAUGUUACAGAUUUCUCGAAUCUUUCAGACACUCAACCGCACAUAAAAGGGGCGACUUGGUCUGCCACCUUUGGACUCUUGGCUUUGCAGUUUCUAAACAAGAGGAGGCACCAACUGUUGACGGGGACAGAGUGAACGGAAGCAACGUUUGGGGUGUUUUGUCUUCUUUGCAGAAGUGUGUUGCAGACAGCUGUUGUUUUAGAUUUUGGCUUACAUGCUGUGUGAUUUUAGUAUUAGUCUAAGAGGGUUUCAGAACUUGAGAGGGGAAUGUGUUCAAGUGUUUGUGUAGAAGCAUAAGAUUAUACAUCCAAAUAUAGAAAGCGUUUUACAGCUGUCUUAAAAUCUGAUCAUUUGUAAAAUGACAACACAGCUCAUGUUUUUAAUUUUUUGGGUAGUAACGUGUAGAGAUCUCUGAUGCUAGAUGUUCCACUGGUAGCACGUUCUCCAAGUUCCAAUUUACAGAUCUUAAUCAUAAUGUUCACCACUAAUUAUUAUUAUUACGAUGAAUACUUUGAGUGUUCCAUUUUUAUUAAAUGUGGUGGGAAAGAUUGGGAAAGAUGUGGGGCUGUGUCCCAUUCACACAUGUUUAUAGUACUUUAAAAAUUGUCCUAUUACAGGAUCAGGCCCAGAAUUAGGCUUCCCAAUCCCUAGGCCCCAGCAGGGGAUCCCUCAGUUUUACAGGCUUCCCCCUGGCUGGCAGGGGGAAGCCCCGCCCCCACAGUCAACAUGUACCUCUAGAGCUCCGGCAGGUUUAGAAACCUACAAACAGGCCUGUUUUUAAAAUGUGUGCCUUUAAAGUUGAGCAGGAAGCAGGAAACAGGAAGUGUUUCAUGGGAAAGGGUCAGCAGCAGUUUCUUCAGAGAACAGACCCUCCGUUUGUUUUGCUUUUGUUUUCAGAGCAAGUAAAGUUGUGGAGGAACUAGACCCAGUAGGUGUGUGUGUGAGAGAGAGGGAGGGGGCAGGGAUUCCCCAGUUUGGAGGCCCUCUCCUCACUUUAGAAAGCGGGGGGGGGGGGAGGGAAAUGUCUACUGGGCAUUCUAUUAUUCCCUAUGAAGAACGAUACCCGUAGGGAAUAAUGGGGAAUUGAUCAGCGGAUAUAUGGGCCUCUGGGAGGGAUGUUCUUUGAGGUAGAGCCACCAAAUUUGCAGCAUAGCAUCUGAUGCCUUUCCUCAAAACACCCUCCAAGUUCCAAAAGGAUUGGACCAGGGGGCCAAUUUUAUGAGCCCCCAAAGAAGAUUCCCCUAUCCUUCAUAUUUCUAAUAGAGGGAAGGCACUGAAAAGCUGUGCAGUCCCUUUCAAUGUGAUGGCCAGAACUCCCUUUGGAAUUCAAUUGAACUUACUCAUGACUUCACCCCCAAUGUCUCCUGGCUCCACCCCCAAAGUCCCAGAAUAUUUCUUGAAUUGGACUUGGCAACCCUACCCAGGAUCCAUGAAAUCCAGCAUGGUUUCCAGCAGCAAUUUGCAUCUGGAAUUAUUUCCGUGAAAGGGAAACACACUUUGUAAACACCUUAACAUGCAAGUAGACAAUCCUAUUGGCCUGAGUGCCAGCAAAGCAGUCUACCUGUGAAGAUAUUGUGCCAACAUAUGGGAGGGGGGAGUUGUACUUGGCUAUACCUGGGAAGCAAGCCAAGCUCCAGCAGGGCCACCUACCAGCUCCUCAGACCUGGGUAUCUGCUCUGAGGGUCCAGGUUAUGGACAUGCCACUAAGCCCAGAAGCACUGCCAGCCCUUUGGAUUCUCCUUGGUUGCUUGGGUGGAAAAUUGGCCCCAAAUGCCUAACAAAAUGGCCAAGCAUGCUGCUAUUCAGAAUGUUUGCUGGGGGUUACCUGCCAUUGCCUCAGGGCAACCUGCAUUUCCAAGAAUGACCUAGAAAGUUUCCAGAUUAAUAAUGCUGCUGAAACUUUGAACAGUGGUGAUGAUUCUGAAUACAGAUUUGCUCAGCUGGUGGAUUCCAAUUUGAGCACAACCUGCCCCUCCCUCCCCCAUCAAAGUUCUUCUCCAGUUUGGAUUGGCUCCAAGAGUGUCAGAUAUAUAUAGGUAUGUAGAGGCAAUGAACGGUCUGUCAAAGAGAAAGGCCUCCAGAGCACCCUUGAUGCUGCCACCAUCAGGCCAGGGAAGAGUGCUUGGGGGGGAGGGUUGCCAGGGUCCCAAUUUCUCCCCAGUGGGGGGAUUUGGGGGGCGUUCCAGCAGGGGUUAGGACUGUCCUCAAUGCGAUGACAUGCAGAAGGACACCAACCUGCUGGGGAUGCAGCUCUGUGUGCAAACGUCCCCCACUUUCCCCAUGCAUUUAACGGGACCUUCCUCCAAAAGCAGGGGGUCCCCUGCCCCCCCCCCCCCCACUGACUAGCAUUCCCUAAUUGGGGGAUGUGGCAGUUCAGGAUCUAGGCCUCCAAACUACUGGUUGUUUCCCAGUUAUCUUAAAUGAGCCAGUAUGUUCCUAUCUGAGAAAAGGGAGAAUUAUGAUGCAAAUCAAUUCUCCAACAGAAAAUGCAAAUUCAACACAUCUUUUUUUUGUAAGCAUAUUGAAAAUGAAAGCAGAUUAAAUAAGAGCAUGGAUAAAAGCAAA